CUGGGCUUCUGCUGUUGCAAAUAACACCCGAGCCAGCACAGAGAUCUCACCCCUGUGAUCAUGCCCACUGGUGGAUCUCAGUGACUUAAGCUGGUGGCCCCUUUUACUGGUGGGGUGGUCUCAGCCAGGCUGGAGAGCAGGAGACAGGAGGAAGACCAUGGGCAGCAAGGAACGCUUCCACUGGCAGAGUCACAAUGUCAAGCAGAGCGGCGUGGACGACAUGGUCCUCCUCUCCAAGAUCAACGAGGAUGCCAUUGUUGAAAAUCUAAAGAAGCGGUUCAUGGAUGAUUAUAUCUUUACAUAUAUUGGCCCAGUCCUCAUCUCCGUCAACCCCUUCAAACAGAUGCCUUAUUUCACAGACCGAGAAAUUGAACUCUACCAAGGAGCGGCUCAGUAUGAAAACCCACCGCAUAUUUAUGCACUGACUGACAACAUGUACCGGAACAUGCUCAUUGACGGGGAGAACCAGUGUGUGAUUAUCAGUGGCGAAAGUGGUGCGGGGAAGACGGUGGCAGCCAAAUACAUCAUGGGAUACAUUUCCAAAGUGUCGGGAGGGGGCGAGAAAGUGCAGCAUGUCAAAGACAUCAUUCUCCAGUCCAAUCCAUUGCUUGAAGCCUUUGGCAAUGCCAAAACCGUCAGAAACAACAAUUCCAGCAGAUUUGGGAAAUACUUUGAAAUCCAAUUCAGUCGUGGAGGUGAGCCCGAUGGGGGGAAGAUCUCCAACUUCCUGCUGGAAAAGUCCCGGGUAGUGAGCCAAAAUGAGAGUGAGAGAAACUUCCACAUUUAUUACCAGCUCAUCGAGGGAGCCUCACAAGAACAGAAGCAUAACCUGGGGAUUAUGACCCCGGACUAUUACUAUUAUCUAAGCCAAUCGGAUGCAUACAAAGUGGAUGGUACAGAUGAUCGAAGCGAUUUCCAUGAGACCAUGAAUGCCAUGGACGUGAUUGGAAUCACAGGUCAAGAUAAGCAGCUUGUCCUGCAGAUAAUAGCUGGCAUUCUUCACCUGGGCAAUAUCAGUUUCCAGGAACAGGGCAACUAUGCUCAAGUGGAAAGUCCAGACCUGCUUGCCUUUCCAGCCUACCUCCUGGGGAUUGACAAGGACCGGCUGGAUGAAAAGCUCACCAGUAGAAAAAUGGACAGCAAAUGGGGAGGCCGGUCAGAGUCCAUCAAUGUGACCCUCAACGUAGAGCAAGCAUCUUACACCCGCGAUGCCCUUGCCAAAGGACUCUAUGCACGGGUCUUUGACUUCUUGGUGGAGUCCAUCAACAAGGCCAUGCAAAAGCCAUAUGAGGAAUACAGUGUCGGUGUUCUUGACAUUUAUGGCUUUGAAAUAUUCCAGAGAAAUGGGUUUGAGCAAUUCUGCAUCAACUUUGUGAAUGAAAAGCUGCAGCAGAUCUUCAUCGAACUCACCCUCAAAGCGGAGCAGGAAGAAUAUGUGCAAGAGGGAAUACGGUGGACCCCAAUUGAAUAUUUCAACAACAAAGUGGUUUGUGACCUCAUCGAAAACAAGGUGAACCCUCCGGGCAUUAUGAGUAUCUUGGAUGACGUCUGUGCCACGGUUUAUGCCAAGGGCGACGGGGCAGACCAGACGCUGCUGCAGAAACUCCAGUCUGCGGUGGGCAACCACGAACAUUUCAACGGCUCCAGUUCCGGAUUCAUCAUCCACCAUUACGCUGGCAAGGUGUCUUACGACGUGAGUGGCUUUUGCGAAAGGAACCGCGACGUGCUCUUCACCGACCUGAUAGAGCUGAUGCAAAGCAGUGAAUUUGGCUUCAUCCGGAUGCUUUUCCCAGAAAAACUUGAUGCGGACAAAAAAGGACGGCCCACCACCGCAGGGUCCAAAAUCAAGAAACAGGCCAACGACUUGGUGAACACCCUGAUGAAGUGCACGCCUCAUUAUAUCCGUUGCAUUAAACCCAACGAGACCAAGAGGCCCCGAGACUGGGAGGAGAGCAGGGUGAAGCAUCAAGUGGAGUACCUGGGCCUGAAGGAGAAUAUCCGAGUCCGCCGAGCUGGCUUUGCAUACCGCAGACUGUUCCACAAAUUUCUGCAAAGAUAUGCCAUCCUGACCCCAGAGACUUGGCCACAUUGGCGUGGAGAUGAACGGCAGGGUGUCCAGCACCUGCUGAGGUCUGUCAACAUGGAUGUGGACCAAUAUCAGAUGGGCCGCACAAAAGUUUUUGUCAAGAACCCAGAGUCGCUCUUCCUUCUAGAGGAGAUGCGAGAACGGAAGUUUGAUGGAUAUGCCCGUGUCAUCCAGAAAGCCUGGCGGCGCCAUAUUGCUAUCCGGAAGUAUGAACAGAUGAGGGAAGAAGCAUCCAACUUUCUGUACAACUUCAAAGAGAGGCGACGAAACAGCAUCAACCGCAACUUUGUGGGUGAUUACCUGGGCAUGGAAGACAAGCCGGAGCUACGCCAGUUCUUGGGCAAGAGAGAGCGGAUUGAUUUUGCAGACUCAGUCACCAAAUAUGACAGGCGAUUUAAGCCUAUCAAGCGUGACUUCAUCUUGACUCCCAAACACUUCUACAUGAUUGGCCGCGAGAAGGUGAAAAAGGGCCCCGAAAAAGGCCAAAUUCGGGAGGUGUUGAAGAAGAAGGUCGAGGUCCAGGCAGUCAACAGAAUAUCUCUCAGCACAAAGCAGGACGACUUUUUCAUUCUGCAUGAAGCCGAGAACGACAUCUUCCUGGAGUCCAUCUUCAAGACGGAGCUCAUCAGCCUUUUCUGCAAGCGAUACGAGGAGGUGACACGGAGCAAACUCCUGCUCAGCUUCAAUGACACACUACAGUUCCGUGUGAAAAAGGAAGGCUGGGGAGGUGGUGGAACACGGACGGUGAUCUUUAUGAGUGGCCCGGGUGACAUGGCCAUCCUCAAAGCAGGAGGAAAAACCCUCAACGUCAGCAUCGGGAGUGGACUCCCCAAGAACUCCAAGCCCACCAGAAAAGGGGUGCAGCAACGCAAAGGUCAUCCCAGGAAGGCCGCGCCAUCACGUGCAGCCCCACCAGUACCAACAGGGGGACCGCCUCCGGGCAGCUGCAGGAAUGGGUCAGUGCCGUUUUCUCGAAACAACAGACAGCAGACGCAGAUGUACAGUUCUCCGCAGAGACCCUUACAAGCGCCACCUGCCACUGCUCUCCCCAAACAAGGAAUGAGCCGGCGGGUGAAGGCACGGACACCAUCCGACCACAACAUGGAGUUCCUGAACGUUCCAGACCAGGGCAUGGCAGGGACACAACGGAAGAGAAGUAUCAGUCAGAGGCCACUUCCUGCUGUGGGGCGGCCCAAGCCACAGCCCAAGAUCUCCGGACCGCGCUGCCGCGCUCUGUACCAAUAUAUCGGGCAGGAUGUGGAUGAGCUCAGCUUUAAUGUGGGCGAUGUGAUAGAUAUCUUGUUGGAAGAUCCAUCUGGAUGGUGGAAAGGACGUCUCCAUGGGCGAGAAGGCCUUUUUCCUGGGAAUUACGUGCAGAAGAUCUAAGAAACGAUGUUUAGAGGCCUAAAAUCAGGAACUAAACAGGAAUGGGGAGGAACAUGGGUCAGCCCUUCACCAAAGCAAAUCUGAACUCAGGAAUUGUGCUCAAGAUAGCAAGCAAAGGGGCUGGGUAAAAGCGUCAUCUUUCACAAAUGUUUUUAAGGCAGUUCAAGCUUUGGUUCAAAAGCUUGCGUCAUGAGAUCCCAUGCAGGGUGGGUGGAUGGGAGAAAUGACUGAGACACAACAUCACAUGUAUGGUUGUGGCUGGUCCUGGUGCUAAGUAGCAAAGGGAUGGGGUACUGUAUGAAUUUUUUAAAUAACCGGGAAAUACCAGUUUAUGAAAUACUAUGCACUUGCUUUCAUCGUCUUUGCACAUGUUGCAAUGCUUUUGGAAGGAGGACAUGGUAAAUAAUGUUUUGAAAUAAAGUGUUGCGGAAUGUGG